AUGGUUCCGUUCAACCCAGCAAGAUACAGAGACCUAACUGGAGCAGUAGCUUCGGUGGACGAAACACCAAUCGCCACAGAGUAUACCAUACCUACAAAGACGAAAUUGCUGCACCUCGGGCUGUACUUCCUCUUGAAUCUAAGCCUGACGCUCUACAACAAGGCUGUUCUCCAGAAAUUCACAUAUCCAUGGACUUUGACGGCAAUCCACGCUGGUUCGGCAUCUUUGGGAUGUUACAUUCUCCUGCUGCGAGACCAUUUCCAACUGGCUCACCUGUCGAGACAUGAGAAGUUCUUGUUGGGGGCCUUCUCUCUACUCUUCACUAUUAAUAUUGCCAUGUCCAACGUCUCCUUGGCAUUGGUAUCUGUACCAUUCCACCAGAUCAUGCGGUCGACAUGCCCGGUUUUCACAAUAUUGAUCUACCGCAUCUUCUAUGCCCGUACAUACUCUCAGGGCACAUAUCUGUCACUCAUUCCGCUGAUACUGGGCGUCGGGGUGGCCACUUUCGGCGACUACUAUUUUUCCACGCUCGGGUUUAUCCUCACGCUCGCCGGGGUUUUGCUCGCCACAAUCAAGACCGUCGUGUCCAAUAGACUUAUGACGGGCUCGCUGGCUCUGCAUCCGCUCGAAAUCCUGCUUCGCAUGUCACCGCUGGCAGCGCUGCAGUCGAUUAUUUACGCGUACUUUGCCGGCGAACUGGGCGCACUCUCCGAGAACAUCAGCACAUUCACUGCGCUAGAUGUGCUUCUAAUCGCCGGGAACGGAUUCAUUGCGUUUGCAUUGAACGUGUCCUCGUUCAAUGCAAACAAGUUGGCCGGCGCAUUGACCAUGACUGUCUGCGCCAAUGUCAAACAGUGUCUGACAAUCCUCCUCGGAAUCGUCAUCUUCAAUGUUAAGGUUGGGAUUGUGAAUGGCAUUGGUAUUGUAAUUGCUUUGGCUGGCGCGGCAUUUUAUAGCAGGGUGGAGUUGAGUACGAAGAUGGCGAAGCAGCAGAGGAGCCAAACGGGUGGUGAUGAGGAAGAGCGGGUUCCCAUGAUCCAGCAACGGUAG